ACGCUCCGCACAGUUCACAGCGCGUCAUUACGCACGGUUCCCAAACAAUACUCAGGAAAAAAGCCACGUUGACGAUUCAGAUUGUGUAGUCCACAAUUUGAGGCUGAAACCCGCCUUAGUUCACCCGGGGACGCUCGUUACUAUAUUGUCAGCGAGCUUUAGAUUGCAUUAGACAUGGCCUCACCACCGAAGGAGAAAGUGGAAAUGAAAGGAGGACAUCUUCCUGCAGUGAAAGCUGGAGGUAUGAGGAUAGUGCAGAAGCACCAGCCAACUCCAGCUCCAGAACCUCCCCAGAAGGAUGAGGACGAGGAGGAGUAUGAGAGCAGCAGCCCACCAAAGCCUCCAGUCAUCGUGUCUGGAGUGGUUACAAAGGGAGAUAAGGACUUCACACCUGCUGCUGCCCAGGUGGCCCACCAGAAGCCCCAUCCGGGAGUCCCCAAGCUGCCCCCCGCACAGCACAUUAACCAGCACAUCCACCAGCCCCGCAAGUGAACCUUACCCCCCGGGACGAGCUACCGUGCCGACGCUAACUACCCCACCGACCGGCCUUUCGCAACCAAACACACAAGCGAUGAAGACUUUCCCCCCACCAGCUUCAAAUCUUAGCCCUUUUAUCAGAGUAAUUAUUGCUUGACUGCGUAAUCAAAGUACCUUAUGCCAGUAUAUGGUCACUAUGUAGAAAUCAGUUUACAACAGUGCUGCUAGGUGUCGCACUAUUCACACUCUGCACUUUUGUGUCCUUAACAGUUGUCUAUAUGUCUUACUGUGGUUUACAUAGGCGAUGGAGUGUAAUUGUAUUAAUAUAAAGUGAGCGGGAUUUGAAUCUGAUGGGGAGCUUCCAUUGCACGCAUAUAUACCGAUACCACAACACAACAACCAGCCAAUCGCAAAAUCCAUGUUAUCAAACCCCUCGCAACCUAUGACCUCAAAGCAUGAGCCCAAAUGAUGUUAAAUAACCAAUCGAAAUGCUUCAUACAAAAAAAAUAGUUGCCAUAUUGCACAGUUACAGCAUGGAGCAUAGUAAUGUAAUACGACCAAAUAAAAACUCAUUUUAUAAUCAGUAGAGUGGUGACAAAUCUUUUACCUUCCCAAAUAGUACAAAUUGGCAGCUAACUCUCCCUAUAAAACGAAUAGCUGAUCUAGGCUUUUGGCAUGUGUUUGGGCUUCUUUGCUGUCUAUCUCUAUUGCCUCAAAUAUCACAGUGCUUGCCUCUUUAUCCGAUCAUAGAAGGAUUUGCUGUUUUUUUUUUUUCUUUAUAGGCAAUAUCAACCAUUUUGUAGUAUAAUUUGUUCAAGCAUACAUUCCAUAAAAAGUAUUACAAGUCAAAGAAGUGGCAGCUUAACACUGAAGUAAAAACUUGUUAUUCCAGCUAGCCAUUAUUGACAUUUCUAAACACAUAUCACAUUUAUCUAAUUUGGGAUUUUUUAAUUUUUUUUUUUGCAAUCGUACACAUUUGCAUACAGACACCAUGUUAUAUUUCUCACCUGAAUCCUGUACUGUUAAGUGUCACAUGUUUCAACACUAAUGAUCAGGUUCUAAAAAAGAGAAUAUAUAUAUAGUAAUGCCAAGAAAGAAUAAUUUCGUAUGUUAAUUUAAGUUUAAAAAAAGCUUUAUUUUUGUUUUUGCUUGGUUCUUUUGCUUGAGAAAAAUGUUCAAAUUGUAUAAAUCUUUAGUUUGUGAGUGGUAUUAGGUGUGGUUGUCAUAGUUAAAUAAAGAUAUUGACUACCAUGA